ACUCGCAGCCGCGUACCUGUGUCAUAGGGACUGUAAGCUCAACUGAGUCAGCGAGGUCUUUUUGUGCACGCCAAAAAUAUAAGAACAGUCGCCAUCAUAGUUUCUGCUUCUGUCGCCAACUGCAGUUGAGGUCUGUCCGUCGACCGUAGUUGUCAUAAAAUCUCAUAUUUUUUGUCCCAGGACAUACGCGUAGGAUAUUUUUAUAUCAUAUUAUCGUGAUAUCGCAUAGGUAAUUAUAUGUAUCAAAACUAUCGGGACACCAUGAGGGCCAGUGGUUUUCAAAGGUUCGAUUUGUUCGCGAUGGACAAUAAUUGCAGCAACGCGCGCCGGCAGUUAAUGGAACCAAAAAUGAUAAAGGAAGAAGCGAUCGAACGUGAUUCAGGUAUUCUCACAGACGAAACAGCUAUAAAUAACAACAAUAACAAGGAAUCUGCAUUCAGAAUUCACAUUCGUAAAUCAAAAAUCAAAUCCAAAGAUGCGGGCUUCUCGUCGACGUCCACUAGCGAUUCAUCGGGCGAACACUUGCUGAGCCCCACGCACCCGUUACCAACGCGAAUCGACGUUGAAUCUGAAAGUUCGAGUCCACCGUCUGAUACGUUCAGGAAUCACUCUAAACUCAAAAGGUUUCUUACUACACUGGUGCAAUUCAGUGGACAGAUAUCGCCGCAGACUAGUGAGCGAGUUAAGGGUCAGAUCUUUACCCUUGUGAAUAAUUUGAUAAGUGUUGAAGAAUUUCAUCAUAAUAUACAAGAAAUGACAAAUUUCCCAUUACGACCAUUUGUACUGCCGUUUUUAAGGACUCACUUACCUUCACUACAACGUGAUCUGUUGUUAAUGGCUCGCAACAAUAAACAGACAUUAAGCCAGUACCUGAAACAGCACGAGAACGCGUAUUUAGACCGAGAUUCGCAGGCUACCGAACCGUCAGAGAUCUUUCACCAAGUGGAGCGAGUCCCUCCGCCGUCUCCAAUGCCACGCGAGAACAACAACACCAAUGGAAACAACAACAACAGCAACAGCAGCAGCAACAACAACGGCAUUAUCGGAAACGGCCAUAAGCGACCGUACCCGUUGGCCGACAGCUACUACGAGACCGGUGGUUACGCGGCCGACCUGGAGUACCAGCAGCCGUGCGUUAAGCGGCCGAACCUCGGCUAUGCCAUACCGUUCAUGUACCAUCAUCCGCACCUUCAUCCGCAGGAACCACCACCGCCGCCACCAUUGCCACCACCUCCAUCGCAUCCGUAUAACAUACUACCAUUACUGCACAUACGCGAAGCGGAAGACCAUAAAGGUCACGUGGAGGAUGAAUGGAAGAACAUACAUGUGAUGUUGAACUGUAUACUAAGUAUGGUGGAAAAGACAAAAAAAGCGUUGGGCAUACUCCAGGAGCGGGGCAUGACUGAGACGAGUUUUCCGGACUGGAACAGAAAGAAGUCGACGGAAGAAAUUUUAGCGCAGACAGUACGACAUACGGAAGAAAGGAUCGAAAUCAUCAAAAAGAAAGCUGAGGAUUCGAUGAAUGAGAUACGACAUCAGGCUAUGAUAGAGUUGCAAAAGCUCGUGUUGGCCGCCGAAAACAAAAUGAUCGAAUUGGUGGCUACGGAGAGAACGAAAAUGAGCAAUAACUGCCGGAAUUCAAGCACAGCCAGUCUACAGAUAUCGCCAUCGCUGAUUUCGCAAUAUAACAGCUGUUGGAAUUGCGGCCGAAAGGCGAACGAGACGUGCAGCGGGUGCAACACGGCGCAGUAUUGUAGUUCGUUCUGUCAGCAUAAAGACUGGGAGACACACCACCAGACAUGCUGUGUGCAUUCGGCCGCUGCGGCCACCGCCACUACCACAGUCGAUGCGGCCUCUUCACCGGGUAAGAAACAACAACAACCGCCGCCGCCACCGUCAUCAUCCACAACCACAGCUUCGUCAUCGUCGACUGCAGACGAUCUAUCCACAAAUCGAGCGCAAUCGACGGCAGCGGCCACGCCGUCAUUGUCGUCGUCGUCGUUACUUAAGACAGACGAAUAUGCGUCACAGCAGUCAUCGGUUGCCACUGUCACUGCCACUGCGACGACGACCACCGUCACGACGACUACGACCACGUCGACUGCCACGACAACGACGGCCGUCAGCUCGAAACAACAACAGCAACAAUAGCAACUCGGCGGCGGUGACGUAGACGACGACGCCGACGAUGACUGUGACCCAGCCGCCGGACCCGCCGCCUCCCGCCGCCGUCACCGUCGCCGCCACCAUCACCGCCAAAACAUGCACCGCAGACGAGUCGAAGCAGGUCUUCUGGCCUGCAGCACCACUAGCCUCGUACCGCGGGAAUACUAUCAAUAGGGAAUUUGGAAACGAUGAUCGGAGUUUAGACACCAAACUAUGUAUAGGGGGUGCCAUAAAAAACAGAUAGAUUUUGAAAAUCAAAAAAACCUCAAAAUAUUGAUAUUGUAUUUAUAAGAUGCUUUAACAUCGAAAUGAAUGCAGUAUCGUGAACACAAUAUCGUCCAUAUGCUAGCCAUUUUCACGCAGCUACACUUGGUUAGGCAUUUUGUGAAGUUUAAGAACACUCGUGCAGGAAUCAUCUCCCAUGUGGAAUGUCACAAUGACUGGUUGCUAUAGUUCGACAAAAAUAUCUCUACUACGAACACGCGGUGUUCCUUGGAUAAAGGCGUGAUGAUAACGGAAACUGUGUGGGUCUACCGACAAAAUAGUCACAGUUCCGUCCCUCUACCCACUAUACCCAUGAACGAGUAACACCUGGUUUUCAUCCGUUUAUUAUAUGGCGCACUCUGUAUAUGUUGUUAUGCACGUAAUACGCUCAUCAAACCCAUAUACCUUUCGUGUACUUUGCUUUCUUGCACAUUUACUAAUAUAUAUCGUUUAAACGGUUCGAAGGUACAUAGUUAUAUUGAAAAAAAUUUUUCGAAUGAAAAAAAAUUAAAUCUUUUUCGAUUUUAACUGUGAUGUAUUUUCCAAGUUUUAUCCUUGAAAUAGUUUAUUAUAGACCUUUCAUCUAGAUAUGUCGAAUUCCACUUGAAACUUUUAAUGAAUACAAUAUUAACGAUCAAUUAUAUAUUCGAUUUUUACUUUAUCUCACCCUGAUUUGCCAAAUUCUUCAGAAUAAAAUUUUAAAAUAUAAGAUUUGCGAUUUUAUUUCUAAAAAUUGUAUUGAAUUUAAAAAAAACACUAUACUAGAUAAAUAUAGUCUUAUUAGUUAUUAUCUUUUAAAUAAUAUAGUAUAGACACAUUAGACACACUAUAAGUAUAGAAUAGAUAGAUGUUAUAAAUUAUAAUAUUGUAUAAAACUGUAUAAGUUCAAUAAGUGCUCUACACAAUUUUUUUUUAAAUUUAACAACAAUAUUUUGUUUUACACAACCAUUUUUAAGCUUAAUUUUAUCUAUUUUAAAUGUUCAAGCCAUGCGUGUCCGCGGUAUCGCCGCAUUUUAUCUAUACGACGAUUUCUUUGUAACGUCAUAAUAUGCUAUACAUAUACGGGAUGAACUAUUUAAUAUAAUACUAUUAUUAUUUUAGAAACAUUAAAAAAAAUACUUAUGUUACAUGAUUUCAAGUCAGCUUUCCAGUCCCACCUCACGUACAUUGCUCAACUAUAUCCUUCUGCUUUAAUUGUUGCCACUAUGUUUGAAUUAUUUAUUCUUAUUAUUUCUUCGUUCUAUUCUCAUGUGUUUUGGUUUCUUUUGGGGCCUAAAUCUUGCAACACCUUCCUUUCAAAUUUUGCUAAGCUCUGUUUAUCGGUUUUUGUAGCCCAUGUUUUACGUGAAUACAGCGCUAUUAGUAUGUAAUAGCACUCAGUUAUUUGCGUUUCUAAAAAUUUGAAGUACUAGAUAUAUAUUAUUAUUUAUAUCAUUAUAUGCACAUUGUACACCAUUUUAAGGCUGAUUACGGCCAAUUUUGUAAUGUUUCAAAGGAUUUUGCAAUCGGCCGUAUAUUUUGCGUAGUUUAUUAGGACUAAAGAUGUAUUAUAAACGUAAUCAGUUGUAGGCGGCAACGGCACUGUGAAGUGUUUUAAUAGUGAUGUCAAUAUGACAAUAUGUCAUAAUCAUAAAUGCUAUUGUUUUAACCAGGGGUGCCCGUACUACCUGUAUUUAAUUAAAUAACGUUAUAUUAGGAUUAUAGCUCAUUUAUUUAAAUACUUUUUUUACUUUUAUCGAUAUUGUUGACAUUUUUGUAAAACUUGGUUGUAUCUUGUAUGUACAUGUACACAAAUACAUUAUUAGGUACCUAUUAAGUAUGUAUCAUAGACCAUAGUAUUAUACUAAUAUUAGGAAAAAAAUGUUAUUUAUUUUCUUAGUCGAUCUAAAAUCGAGGAUAUAACAUCACCGUACUUAUAAACUCUCAACGUAACAGAAAAAAAUGGUGUAGUUCUUAUCUUAGUUUAAUUAUAUUAUAAUACAAUUAAUAAUUCUACGCUCUACGCACACACUGUAAAUGAGAAUAUUUAAAUAAUUAUUUAGGUAGGUAAAUUUGUGUAUUAGGACUAUAUGAGGUCGCAUAUAAUAAUAUAUCAUUAGCAUUUUUUAAUCGUAUACGCGUAUACUUGAUAAUAAUUGUUAUGAAUGUUAUGAAUGUUAUGAUCAUUAUUAUUGUUGUUAAAAUUCUUCAACCGUUUGGACUUAAAACAUCACUAGCCACUAUACUGCCGAUUGAUGGGCAUAUUGUAUAAAACAUAAUAUAUUAUACUCGACGCGUCAUAUCAUAAACAAUACAAAUCUCACUCAUGCUCAUUUAAAUCUACUAUAAUUAUUAUAGUAUAUUGUAUGUAUAAUGUACAGUAUCUAGUACCUUAUAUAAAUUUAAAAAAAAUUGAAACUACUUAUUACCUACUUGUUGAAUAAUAAUAUUUGUACAAUUGUACCAACAUUGUGAUCUCAGUUACAGUCUCAUUUUAAAUACCUAAAUAGUAAAAUAUACUCUAAAACUUUUACAAAGCUAUUUUCUUGACGAUAAUAAAUCAUUUAAAACUAAUUUGACAAUUUCUGCAUAAUAUAUCAGAUUCAGAUGCAUAUACCGUAUACGUAAAUGGAAACUGGGUUUAGUGCAUAAAAUAUAUAAUUAUAUUAUAAUUUAGUAUAGGUAGUUGCUUUCGAGAGCUACAUUUUGACCACCAAAAGUUGUUUGCAUGCACGGCCUGACUUGGUCCAUAACAUUUUAAAACUUCAUCCGACCAGGCCAAAAUUAUAACUAAUACCUUUAUUACCCUAAUAUGCCUAAAUAAAAUGUAAUCCCUAAUAACCCAGUUUUAAAAUAUGUUUGUGGUAAUAUAACGAUAUCAGUCUAUAAUGCAUGUUUAUAUACAAAAAUAAUGUUAACUUAAAUUCACGAGAGCGUGUAUAAUACGCUAUACUAAAUGUCUAAAUAGGUAUGUUAUUUUCUAAUUGCAUACAAUGAACUUCGUAAGUAUUUAAUACAUAUCCGAACCAAUAAAGAACUUACAAUAUUAUCAGAAUAUAAAAGUAUAAUAAAUAUAAGUAUGAUAAUACUUAUAUUCUAUACUUCUAUAUACGUAUAAAAAUGUAGACUACAACCUUUUUUAUGAUCAUUUGUUGGUUUUUUAACGUUGUAUCUAAUAUUUUAACAAAGAACAAACCGUUAUGAGCAUAAUAUUAUGUCUAUUGAAUUUCUAAGCGUAUAAUAUACGAAUUAGAUAAUUAUUUAAAAAAACUUUAAAAAAAAACAAUAUCUUUAAUACCUAUUACCUUAUUUUGUAAACUCUAAUAAUUAAUUGUAUUAUUUUGUUGACUAAAAUCGUGUACAGUGCGCACAGAUAAGAUAUAACAUAAGUACUUUCAACUUUAUAUAAUUUAUACUUUUGGCGUAAGGCAUACGCAUAACAGUAUAUUAUCUAGCAUUCUAGCACACAACUAUUGUGUAUUGUAUAUAGAAGAUAAUAAUAUUCGUUUCAUAAAUAAUAUGUCUGUACCUACCUAUAUUGUAUAUUUUCGGGGCUAGAGCCUAGAAUUAAGUUUAUUUCCACCUGGUAGGUGCAAAGAAAAUCUAUAAAAUGUAAUAAUACUAUGUUGCCACUUCUCAAAAUUUGACACCCCUAUAAUAUUUUGGUCUAAAAAUUAAAUUGUGCUUCCAAGUCACCGUUAUAAUAAAUAGUUAUAAAAUAAUCUAUUUCUCUUGCAGUAACAUACCUAUGACACAUAAACAUAUAUAAUAUAUAUAGAACAGUUAUCAUAGUAUUUACAUAUUUAUAUGGUAUAAAUGUAUAAUAUAAUAUAAAGGUGUAUAAAAAAGGUAUAUGCUCGUAUAAUAAUUUGUACUUAUUCACUCUUACUUAAUAUUAUGUAUAAUCUUUCCAUUUUAUGUUUCGCAGCUAAUAGAUUUAGAAAUUUGUGUUAUUUUUAAUAUUAGGUACCUAUUAUUAUGUACUAUUACUUAUUUUUAUAAAUUACCUAGUCGUUGAUCUCGUUUUUGAGCUUUUUUCUCGCAUUUAUUGUAAUCUCUAUAGAACAAUACAUAACAACGGCACUAUUAUUUCAUAGUCUAGUCAAUUUUGUUGUCGACCCGUACGGACUACGGGAAAUUAUCAAAACAGCAAAAUACACACACCACAUUUUUUUUUUUGUUUUUUUUUUUCAAUACUGUAAAUAUAAAAUAUUACUUUAGUUGUAACAAUGUAACAUAACAAUAUUAUGCAAUUAUUAUUAGUGUUUAUUGCUAAUAAACGAUAUUCAUCAAUAUUAUAUAA